UUCGUGAUCCUUUUAAAAUUCUCUUACGAGCCCGGGCAAUUUCAUUGUUCAAGCCUGCAUUUAGCAUAAUUCAAACAACUCUCAACUCUACCAAUCUACGGUAUGCUCUCUUGAAAUGUUAAAUGUUUGAAAUACAAAGCCGCCGAAAUUCUUCUGAAAAGCAAGGAAAACGAUUUCUGCACGUUGAGCUCCGAUGCAUCUGUGCAUUACACUCUGCACAGGGAAACUAAUAGUUGAGAGUUAGGACCGCGUCGCCGGAAAGCCCUGAAAAGCUUUUUUUUCUUACUAAAGAGAAAUACAUUUAACAACAUCAAGCUGGCUCACACUCUUCCAAACCAGACCAGUUUGACAGCUGCUCUUCACCCCCUUUGGAGGACUGUCAACAGCAAGAGGAUGGCAUCAGAACUGGCAAUGAGCAACUCCGACCUGCCCACCAGUCCCCUGGCCAUGGAAUAUGUUAAUGACUUCGAUCUGAUGAAGUUUGAAGUGAAAAAGGAGCCGGUGGAGCCCGAUCGCAGCAUCAACCAGUGUAGCCGCAUGAUCGCCGGGGGAUCCUUGUCUUCCACCCCGAUGAGCACGCCUUGCAGCUCGGUUCCCCCUUCUCCAAGCUUCUCGGCGCCCAGUCCGGGCUCGGGGAGCGAGCAGAAGGCACACUUGGAGGAUUUCUACUGGAUGACCAGUUAUCAGCAGCAGUUGAACCCGGAGGCUCUGGGCUUCAGCCCCGAAGACGCAGUAGAGGCGCUGAUUAACAGCAGUCACCAGCUUCAGACAUUCGAUGGCUAUACUAGAGGGCAGCAGUUUGCCGGUGCAGCCGGGGGAGGAGGCACCAUGGCCGGGGAAGAGAUGGGAUCAGCCGCCGCGGUGGUCUCCGCAGUUAUCGCUGCUGCAGCCGCACAGAACGGAGGUCCACACCACCACCACCACCACCAUCACAAUGCGGGGCACCAUCAAGCGCCGGGAGUCUCGAACAACUCCGGAGGAAACCACCAGCACAUGCAUUUGGAUGACCGGUUUUCGGAUGAGCAGCUGGUGACCAUGUCGGUGCGAGAGCUCAACCGGCAGCUACGGGGGGUCAGCAAGGAAGAAGUAAUCCGGCUCAAACAAAAGAGGAGAACCCUCAAAAAUAGAGGCUAUGCCCAGUCCUGUCGCUACAAACGUGUCCAGCAGCGGCACGUCCUGGAGGGAGAGAAGACCCAGCUCAUUCAGCAAGUUGAACACCUCAAACAAGAGAUCUCCAGGCUGGUCCGGGAGAGGGAUGCCUACAAGGAAAAAUACGAGAAGCUCAUCAGCAAUGGCUUCAGAGAAAACGGAUCCAGCAGUGACAACAAUCCUUCCUCCCCGGAGUUUUUCAUGUCGUCUCGGAAGUUUCUUCACCUGUGACCAGAGAGCCUACUCCUUCCUCACCCCGCCCUUGCAGACUGAGAUAACAUGGCAGUGGAACGCCGAGGCAGACCCAUGGCACAGGGCCUCCCACAAAGCAC